GAGGCCAUUGUCUGAAGGGUCUGAGUCAGGGGAAGAUGAUUACAGCAUCGGGGUCCACUUGGAAAAAAUGAAAACAGAAUGCUUGAAAAAAACACCAAAUAUCAAACUUUUAGUGGACUACAUGGCACGGACAAGGAAUGAGAGGACAGACUUCAUAAAACAUAACCCAACAAAGGAUACAUUAACACGAUAUCAAGCCCUUAAAGUCCCUUUGGUUCUUGCAUUUGAGGUCCAAAGCAUACUUGACACAGAUAUUGAAAGAAACAUCCUGAAGAAUCUAGGCCUGGUGGCACAGAAAGUGAUUAAUGAGUGCCACAGAAGACAGGUUGGAGUGGAUAUCUGUACCGAAUUGAAUAAAACAAAACAAGCCUACGUUGAUUUGGCACACAGAGGUCUCUCAUUGGCUGCUGCUGCCCUGUUGCUUCCAUUUCUUUUUAAGGAGAGCCCAAGAUUCCUUUAUGUCAUUAAUGAGGUACCAAAUACACCCAACCCGGUUCUAUAUAUAAAAGGAAGCCCUUUGGGUGCAGAUUCAAUCCAGGAGAUAAUGAUGGAAGGUGAGAAAGUCUGUGAGGUAGAUGAUGUCACCAUAGCUCUUGUGGUUCUAAUAGCAGUCCACUUCAUCUUCAACAUUGAAUAUGCUCCAAAGAUGAGAAAUACUCUAACAUUCAUUGAGAAGUAUUUAAUGUGCCAUAAUGACACAACGAAAAUGCCACCUGCAGUCAUUAAAAUGGCCAAUUUCUUGUUUAAAUGAAUGUAUGUUUAUGUAAAUGCAUAGAGUGGGGUGUAAAUACAUGAUG